AUGGAGUGGGUCAAUGAGACCUUGGUGAGAGAGUUUGUCUUCCUCGGCUUCUCAUCUCUGGCUGGGCUGCAGCAGCUGCUGUUCGUUGUCUUCCUGCUCGUCUACAUGUUCACCCUGGGCACCAAUGCCAUCAUCAUUUCCACCAUUGUGCUGGAAAGAGCCCUCCACACCCCUAUGUACUUCUUCCUUGCUGGACUCUCCUGCUCUGAGACUUGCUACACCUUCGUCAUUGUAUCCAAGAUGCUGGUUGACCUGCUAGCACAGAAGAAGACCAUCUCCUUCUUGGGCUGUUCUAUCCAGAUGUUUUCCUUCCUCUUCUUAGGUUGCUCGCACUCCUUCCUGCUGGCAGCCAUGGGUAAUGAUAGCUAUGUGGCCAUCUGUAACCCUCUGCGGUACACAGUGCUCAUGGGACAUGGGAUGUGUGUGGGACUUGUGGCUGUUGCCUGUCUCUGUGGUUUUACUAUUGCAGAGAUCAUCACAUCCUUGGUAUUUCACCUGCCCUUUCACUCCUCCAACCAACUACACCACUUCUUCUGUGACAUUUCUCCUGUUCUCAAGGUGGCAUCCCACCAUACCCACUUUAGUCAGUUUGUAAUUAUCAUGCUCUGUGCAUUGGUCCUGGUUAUCCCCCUGUUAUUGAUUUUGGUAUCCUAUAUUCACAUCAUCUCUGCUAUACUCCAGUUUCCUUCCACAUUAGGCAGGUACAAAGCUUUUUCCACCUGUGCUUCUCACCUCAUUAUUGUCAUUGUCCAUUAUGGUUGUGCCUCCUUUAUCUACUUAAGGCCUAAGUCCAACUACUCCUCAAGCCAGGAUGCUCUCAUAUCAGUAUCCUACACUAUCCUAACUCCAUUGUUCAAUCCUAUGAUUUACAGCUUGAGAAAUAAAGAGUUCAAAUCAGCUCUUCAAAGAGUUGUGGGAAGAACAAUUUCUCUGCCACGACAUUAA